CGUAAGGCUGCCGGAACUAGACCAAGCUGGAAAUUUCUUCCUAUCCGUUUGCACGCCACGCUAUACAAUUGUAUCAAUCUAGCUCUGAGUAGCCCACUUAGCAACCGCCGCGGCAACACAUCCAGCCAGAAUGAAGUUCCACAUUGACGACUUGCCCGUGGUUUUCCCUUAUGACAGAAUAUACCCAGAACAAUAUUCCUAUAUGUGUGACCUUAAGCGUACCCUUGAUGCAGCCGGCCAUUGCGUGCUCGAGAUGCCUUCAGGUACUGGCAAGACCGUCUCCCUCUUGUCGUUGAUCGUUUCAUACCAGCAAUUCUAUCCCACAAAGCGGAAGCUCAUCUACUGUUCACGGACGGUCCCGGAGAUUGAGAAGGCUCUAGAGGAGCUGAAGAGACUGAUGGAAUACCGAUUAUCGUGUGCUGAGACCGAUGAGCAAAGAGAAAAGGAGCGGAAUUUCUAUGGUAUCGGCUUGACGAGCCGCAAGAACCUAUGCAUACACCCCGAGGUCUCAAAAGAGAAGAAGGGCAGGGUUGUGGAUGCACGCUGCCGUGAUCUCACCAACUCAGCCGUCUGUGAGAAGGGCCGUCAGAACCCCGGAUCUGUCGAGCUGUGUGAAUGGCACGAGAACCUGGGGAAACUCGAACCUGGGAAUUUGAUACCGCCCGGCAUUUGGACCCUCGCUGACGUUUUGCAAUAUGGGCAUGAACAUAGGACAUGCCCUUACUUUACUGUUCGAAGAAUGAUGCCGUUUGUCGACGUGAUCAUUUAUUCGUUUCAUUACCUGCUCGAUCCUAAAGUUGCGGAGCAAGUCUCGAAGGAAAUGUCCAAGGACUCCAUCGUGGUAUUUGACGAAGCUCACAAUAUAGACAACGUCUGCAUCGAGUCACUGAGCAUUGAUUUGACAAGACCGAUGCUUGAUUCUGCUGUAAGAAGCGUUGGCAGAUUGGGAGAGAAGAUUGAAGAGAUCAAGAAGACGGAUGCUUCGAAACUGCAAGAUGAGUAUGCAAGACUCGUGGAGGGUCUGCAGGAAGCCUCCAGCGAUGAGGAUACCUUUAUGUCCAACCCAGUCUUACCCGAAGACCUUCUCAAGGAGGCUGUUCCUGGAAACAUACGGAAGGCUGAGCAUUUCGUGGCAUUCUUAAAGCGCUUCGUAGAAUAUUUGAAGACGCGGAUGCGUGUUCUUCACGUUGUUGCGGAAACACCCUUAUCGUUCUUGCAGCACCUCAAGGAUAUUACGUACAUCGAACGUAGGCCGUUACGGUUCUGCGCCGAGCGACUGCAAUCAUUAAUCAGAACCUUGGAGUUGAGCAGAUUGGACGAAUAUUCUGCUUUACAGAAAGUGGCAUCUUUUGCGACUCUAGUCGCGACGUAUGAAAAAGGGUUUCUCCUCAUCCUCGAGCCUUUCGAGACCGACAAUUCUACCGUGCCAAAUCCCAUAUUCCACCUAACAUGCCUUGAUCCUGCCAUAGCGAUCAAGCCAGUCUUCGAAAGAUUUAGUUCAGUCGUGAUAACGUCCGGAACGAUCUCGCCCUUGGACAUGUACCCAAAAAUGUUGCAAUUCACUCCUGUCGUUCAAGAAUCGUAUCAAAUGACCCUCACACGAAAUUCAUUCUUGCCAUUGGUCAUCACGCGGGGCAGCGACCAGGUGGCCAUCAGUUCUCGCUUUGAAGUCAGGAACGACCCGGCUGUUGUCCGCAACUUCGGGAGCAUUCUCAUAGAAUAUAGUAAGAUCGUACCAGACGGUAUAGUCGCCUUCUUCCCGAGCUAUCUCUACAUGGAGUCAAUUGUCGCAGCGUGGAAUGACAUGGGUAUUUUAAACGAAGUGUGGAAACACAAACUGAUAUUUGUGGAGACGCCAGACGCCAAUGAGACGAGUAUCGCGCUCGAAAAUUAUCGGAAGGCAUGUGAUAAUGGUAGAGGAGCUGUCCUACUCUCUGUUGCCCGUGGCAAGGUUUCUGAAGGCAUUGACUUUGAUCAUAACUAUGGAAGAGCUGUCAUCAUGUUUGGGGUUCCGUAUCAGUAUACCGAGAGCCGGAUCCUCAAGGCACGCCUGGAGUAUCUGAGAGAUGCAUAUCGCAUCCGAGAGUCCGAGUUCCUUGGCUUCGAUGCAAUGCGCACCGCUGCACAGUGUGUGGGACGUGUUCUGCGAGGGAAGACUGAUUGGGGCCUCAUGGUGUUCGCGGAUAAGCGGUUCGCACGUGCGGAUAAGCGUGCCAAGUUACCGCGUUGGAUUAAUCAAUACAUUACCGAGACUGCGUCAAACCUCUCCACGGAUAUGGCGCUGACUCUGUCCAAGCUCUUCAUGCGCACGAUUUCGCAGAAUCCAAACGAGAAUCAGACAGGGAUAUCAUUGUGGACCCUCGAAGAUAUCGAGAAGGCUCAAGCUAAACAGAAAGAGCUCGCUCACAAGGCAGAGGAAUAUCGCGACGAAACUGUGAAUGAAGACGAUGAGUAUGGGGACGGAGGGUUGGACGACCAGGUCCUCGGAGAGAUUGAUCUUGAUGUAUAGUAUAUGUUAUGUACAAUUUGUAUUCGCUUUAACUCGCAGUAAAACGCUACGAGUCUUUAGGGCAGCGGGGACAUUUGCCUGGAACCU